UUCCGUAAAAUUGGUAUAUUUUAUUAUACCACAGAAUAAAAUGAUACCAUUAAUAUUUGUAGGUUAAAAUGUAAGUUUUAAAUAAAAGCGGGAAAAAUAGAAUAUUGUUAUUAUAAUUUCGUUCCUACCUAUAUAUAAUUAAUUUUUUAGCUUCUUUUAAGUAGAUUUAUUAAGUCAAUUUUAUCGUUAAACAUUUUGUUAAAUAUGUCUUCAUUGGAAUACUACGAAUACCAAAAAAAGGUUUACAGACGAAAAUUAUUAAUUGCAAGUGCAGUUCAUAUUUUAAAGAAUAGUAGCAGAAAAAAAGACCAAAGGUGGCAUGUAAGACCUAUUUUCAAAGAACGUAGACGUUUGGAUCACUACACUACACUUGUAAAAGAGUAUCAACUGAAUAAUUCAGCAAUGUUCUUCAAUUUCAUGCGCAUGAGCUCAUCAAAUUUUGAAGAUCUAGUUAGUUUAGUUGGUCCUUUAAUUUACAGACAUCCAUACAGGCCUGAUAUUCUUUCACCCAGAGAAAUAUUAUCUGCAACAUUGAGGUAGUAUUAAUAAUUAAAUUAUGACAUGAAGUACAAUACAUUAAAUAAAAAUAAUUAAUACUUAAAUAUACUAAUACAAUAAUACAUUAAUAUACAGUGUCGUCCUGGUAUCUAAAAUGCCCAGAUGUAUUUCUUAUAAAGGGCCCUCAAGAAUGUCAUCUCAUAAAAUGAUAUAAA